AUGGACACGGAGGAUGAAGCUUUAUUGCAAGAUGUCUGUGCCCAUGAAGACGAGGAGGGGGCUUGUGGCCCCGGCAUGAAAACCGGGGGGUCCCGCCUCUGCGGGAAAUGCCAGUGGAACCCCAGGCCCCGGGCCACCUUCGUGACGCUCCCGUCCUCGGAUUUUUGGACCGUGGUAGGCUGGGUCUUCACCAACCCUUAUUCCGCCAGCCUCAUCCUCUUCUUGGGGUGCGCCAUUCCCGCCGGCUUGGCCCUCACCAUGUUCCUCCACUACCCUGCUCUGGACAUCGACAUCUCGUACAACGCCUUUGAGAUCCGCAACCACGAGUCCUCGCAGCGCUUCGACGCCCUCACCCUGGCCCUCAAGUCCCAGUUCGGCCUGUGGGGACGCAGCCGCCGAGACCUGGCCGACUUCAGCUCGGAGACCUUGCGCAGGCUGAUUUUUGAGAAGCUGCAGCACCUCCAGCGCAACGCCACGCGGCUGGGCGGGCCAAACCUCUCCCCAAGACGGCGGAGAGAUACACGCCGGAGGGAUCAGGCCGGUCCAGCCAACCACACCUCCCACCGGGCCCGAAGCCCCCUCCCUCGGUGGGAGUAUCCGAGCGCAGCCGUCAGCGCCAACACCCAGACUCACGCCCACUGGCGCAUUGAACUCAUCUUCCUGGCUCGGGGAGACGCCGAGAAGAAUAUCUUCACCUCGGAACGGCUGCUGACGAUCCACGAGGUGGAGCGUAAAAUUAUGGACCAUCCUCACUUCCAGGAGUUUUGCUGGAAGCCUCACGAGGUCCUCAAAGACCUCCCGUUGGGCGCCUACUCCUACUGCUCCCCUCCCAGCUCCCUCAUGACUUAUUUCUUCCCCACAGAGAGGGGGGGCAAGAUAUACUACGACGGCCUCGGACAAGAGCUCGCCGACAUCCAAGGGUCUCUCGAGCUGGCUAUGACCCACCCGGAGUUUUACUGGUACGUGGACGAGGGUCUCUCGGCCGAGAACAAGAAGAGCUCCCUCUUGCGUAGCGAAGUCCUCUUUGGCGCGCCCUUGCCCAGCUACUAUUCCAUGGAUGACCGCUGGGAAGAACAAUGCCGGAAGUUUCAAAACUUCGUGGUCACCUACGUGGCCUUGCUGGCCAAGGAGUCUACCAGCAAGGUACAGGUGCUCUACGGCGGGACGGACCUGUUUGACUACGAAGUGAGGAAGAUUUUCAAGAACGACAUGCUGCUCGCCUUCAUCAGCAGCUCCUGCAUUGCGGUACUGGUCUACCUCCUGGCGUCCUGCUCAGUCUUCCUGUCCUUUUUCGGCAUUGCCAGCAUCGGCAUCAGUUGCCUGGUGGCCCUCUUCCUUUACCACAUUGUCUUCGGGAUCCAGUACCUGGGCAUCCUGAACGGAGUGGCGGCCUUCGUGAUCGUGGGCAUCGGGGUGGACGACGUCUUCGUAUUCGUCAACACCUAUCGGCAGGCCACGCACCUGAAGGACCUCAACCUCAGGAUGAUCCACACCGUCCAGACGGCCGGCAAAGCCACCUUUUUCACCUCCUUGACCACGGCGGCUGCAUACGCCGCCAACAUAUUCUCACAGAUCCCAGCUGUCCAUGACUUUGGUCUCUUCAUGUCCCUGAUUGUCUCCUGUUGCUGGGUGGGGGUCCUUUUCACCAUGCCAGCUGCUCUGGGGAUUUGGUCUCUCUACUGGUCCUCGCUGGAAAACACCUGUCAGGCCAGAUGCCGUAAAAAAUGCACAAAGGAAAGCGCUUUGCAGAGCCCAGAUGGCCUGUUCGUCUCCUUGGCGGUGGCUGGCAGGUCAGGCCUGGGCACCCUGCCUUACCUGGAUGACGACAUCCCUCUGCUGAGUGUGGAGGAGGACCCAGUUGCUCUAGAAAUGGGGGAUGUCCCCUUGGUAUCUGUGUUGCCCGAAAACCACCAGCUCACCGCCAACAGUGACAGCCCGGGACACCUGAUCACUCACCUGCAGGAGCUCCUACAGUGCUGGGCCCUGUGGUCGGCAGUCAAAAGCAAAUGGGUGAUUGUGGGGCUCUUUGUCUUGGUUCUCAUCCUUUCCAUCUUCUUCGCCAGCCGCCUUCGCCCAGCUAGCCGUGCCCCUCUGCUCUUCAGGCCCGAUACCAACAUCCAGGUGUUGAUGGACCUCAAGUACAACUUGAGUGCCGAGGGCAUCUCUUGUGUCACCUGCUCAGGCUUGUUUCAGGAAAAACCCCGCAAUCUGCAGAAUAACAUCCGCACCUCUCUGGAGAAGAAGAAGAAGAGGGGGUCGGGGCCCCCAGGCCGAGGGAUCCCCCUAGACGACAGAGCUCUGCAAGAUCCCCAGGGAACAGUCUACAUCUUCAGAUCUAAGGGCAACAGCCGGCCGAUGAUCUACAGGUUUUCUCUCAAUGCCACCGUGCCGGCACCGUGGCAGACCGUGCCCGCAAAAGAUGGAGAAGUGCCUUCCUUCCAGGUGUAUAACGUUCCUUACGGUAACUUCACCAAGAGGCUGACCGCUUGUAUGUCCACAGUAGGGCAUGUCCAACCAGGGGCCAGCAAGAAGUGGAUGAUGACCAGCUUGUCAUGCGACGCCAAGAGAGGGUGGAAAUCCGACUUCAGCUUCUACGUGGCUGCCCAGGAGCAACAGCGCACACGGAAGCUGUAUUUUGCCCAGUCACAUAAGCCUCCGUACCACGGCCGGGUCUGCCUGGCACCCCCGGGCUGCCUCCUCAGCUCCAGUCCAGAUGGACCCAACAAAGGAUACUUAUUUGUGCCAAGCGAGAGAGCCUCUGUCAAAUCCAAGUUCUCCAUCACGUCAGGAUUCAACCCCUGCCGGAACGGCAACUGCGGGAAGCCGGCCGUGCGCCCGCUGGUGGACACGGGUGCCAUGGUCUUCGUGGUGUUUGGGAUCCUUGGGGUCAACCGUACGCGGCACACCGACAACCACGUCAUUGGAGACAUGGGUAGCGUCAUCUAUGACAGCAGCUUCGACCUCUUCAAAGAAAUCAGCAACCUCUGCCGGAUCUGUAAGGCCAUCGCCAGCAACGCCGAACUAGUCAAGCCAGGAGGAGCCCAGUGCCUGCCUUCAGGUUACAGUGUCUCCUCUAUCCUUCAGAUGCUACACUCGGAAUGUAAGAAUCUGCCCGAGCCCAACCUGCUUCCCGGACAGCUCUCCCACGGGACGGUGGGGGUGAAGGACGGCAAGAUCCAAUGGAUCUCCAUGGCCUUUGAGUCGACCACCUACAAGGGGAAAUCGUCCUUCCAGACCUAUUCCGAUUAUCGCAAAUGGGAAACCUUCCUUCAGGACCAGCUCCAGAAGUUUCCAGAGGGAUCUUCACUACGCCGGGGUUUCCAGACCUGUGAGCACUGGAAGCAGAUCUUCAUGGAAAUCAUAGGCGUGCAAAGUGCCCUUUACGGCCUCAUCCUUUCCCUGGCGAUCUGCAUUGCCGCCGUUGCCCUCUUCACCACCCACUUCUUCCUCCUCCUUCCUGUCCUGCUCACCAUUUUAGGCGUCGUCUGUCUGGUGGUGACCGUCAUGUACUGGUCGGGCUGGGAGAUUGGGGCCGUGGAAGCCGUCUCGCUCUCCAUCCUGGUGGGCUCCUCGGUGGACUAUUGCGUGCAUCUGGUGGAGGGCUUCCUUCUGGCCGGGGAGAGCCUCCCCCCUCACCUGGCCGAGGACCCCAGCUCCAGCCGCCAGUGGAGGACGGUGGAGUCCGUCCGGCACGUGGGCGUGGCGGUGGUCUCCAGCGCGGUCACCACCGUCGUGGCGACCGUUCCCCUCUUCUUCUGCAUCAUCGCCCCCUUUGCCAAGUUCGGGAAGAUCGUGGCCCUCAACACCGGGCUCUCCAUCCUCUACACGCUGACUGUCGGCACGGCCUUGCUGAGCAUCAUGGGGCCGCCUUCCUUCACCCGCAGCCGGACUUCCUUCCUCAAGGCCCUGCUGGGGGUGCUGAUGGCCGGGGCGGGGGGUCUCGGCCUUUACCUGGCGCUGCUAAGAAGCGGACUGGAGAUCCCCCUCCUCAGCGGGGCCGGCUUAUAG